AUGAACAUGUGUUCCCGCUCUUUUCGCCACGAGGUGUCUCCGCCAAUGAAAACUCGCUCCCCUGCUCUUGCCCUGCCCCCUAUGCCGUCAGAGGUCUCGUUGCCCAAUCAUCGGGCUUUCAUGGAGGCUCAUUGACCAAUCAGAACAUGCCGUACCUCCCUGCCUCUCGCCCCGUCACGCCCAGUUCCGUUGGACAGACGGACAGAGCGAUUGACCAAUGAGAAAGCGGAAAUGGCUCCUACUAGCCCAAUGGCGGCCGGCGCGGGGGUGGCAGCCAGCCAAUAGGACGGCGGGGGCGGGGCGGCGCGGCGCUCGAGCGGGCGACUGGGCCCGACAGAGAAAUGGCCCAAGAAGAGAUGGAAGUUGAUCUCCAACCAGUGGCUGGUUACUCAGUGGAGACCCUCCAGACACUUGCCCCGGAGCCCUCUGGUCACACAGCGCUCUCCUCUCACAUUCCUGUGCUCGGGGAAGGAGGAGGCAGCGCUGCAGCCCUCCUUGCUGAUGAUGCUGUUGUCACACCCAGCGCUGGUGCAAGGGAAGCAGCUGCAGAGCCUGACCUGCAGACGGGUCCUGCCACGGUCCCCAGUGGGCUGCAGAGGAUGCAGGGGCUGUUUGAUCAGUCCCAGCCACUGCCUGUGCCACAGCUCACACAGCGCCCGCCAGCCAGGAGAGCGCGCAGGCAGCAGAGACUUGGUGGUUCCCAGAGGACAAUCAGUGCCAGGGCAGCAUUGGACCAUUACUUUCAACUCAGUAGGACCCAAGAGCCAUCUGCAGGACCAGUUCCACACCCAGAGUUCCCUGGUAUUGUGAGGGACUCCCAGGCACAGCGCCCAGCCGAGACAAUAGAAGUGGGUGACUCUGACAGCAGCACUUCUGAGGAGGAGGAGGAGGAAGAGGAGGAAGCAGUGGAGGCAGCAGCACCACUGUUACCAGCAGUCCAGGAGACUCCUCCAGCAGCAAGCUCAGGAGUUUCCAGUCAGGUCCAAGCAGAGCCACCUCAAGCUUUGUCUCAAGCUUCUGCAGAACAUGAAAGUCAUGAAGAUGAAGUCCAGCAAAAGCAAACAACUCCAGUAAAGAAACUGGAGCCAUCAGUUCCUGUUGCACCUCUGGAUGAGGAGGAAGGAGAUACCUGUGCCAUCUGCUUUGAGCAGUGGACCAAUGCUGGGGACCACCGUCUGUCUGCGCUGCGCUGUGGGCACCUCUUUGGCUACACCUGCAUUGAGAGGUGGCUCAGGGGACAGGCAGGGAAGUGCCCUCAGUGCAAUAAGAAGGCCAAGCGCUCCGACAUCGUGGUGCUGUAUGCCCGCACGCUGAAGGCGCUGGACACCAGCGAGCAGGAGCGCAUGAGAAGCUCUUUAGAAAAGGAGCAGAUGCUGCGGAGACAGGCCGAGCUGGAAUCUGCGCAGAGCCGUCUCCAGCUCCAGGUGCUGACAGAUGAAUGCAGCAAACUCCGCAAGCAAGUUCAGGAGCUGAAGGCUCUGGUGGCCCAGUACAACAUGAGCACUUCUCAGCAGCCCGGCAGCUCCCGCCCCUGCCUCGCAGGCAGCCUCCCCCCCAGCCAGAGCCAGCGCAAGUACCACUUGGAAAAGGUGUUCUUGGUGUCUCAGACUGGCAACUGCAGAGUGAUGGCAUACUGUGACUCACUGGGUUGUCUUGUGGUAUCACAGCCUUCUCCACAGUCUACUUUUAUUCCUGGUUGUGGUGUUAAGAUGAUGAGCUUGGCCAACCUGAAGAGCAGCCAGUACAUCCCCAUCCACAGCAAACAGAUACGGGGCCUGGCUUUUGGCACUCGAGCCGAUGGUUUGCUGCUCUCUGCUGCCCUGGACAACACUCUCAAACUCACCAGCUUGGCAACAAACACUGUGGUGCAGACAUACAAUGCUGGCCGUCCCGUCUGGAGCUGCUGCUGGUGUCUUGAUGAUACAAAUUAUGUCUAUGCUGGAUUGGUCAAUGGCUCUAUCAUGAUAUAUGAUCUGAGAGACACAAACUCUCAUGUCCAAGAACUGGUCCCUCAGAAGUCAAGGUGCCCCAUGGUAUCGCUGUCCUACCUGCCCCGGAUGGCCUCAGCCUCGCUGCCUUAUGGUGGGAUAUUGGCUGGGACCUUGGAAGGAGCCUGCUUUUGGGAACAGAGAGCUGGCAACUCCUACCGGCCUCAUCACCUGGCCCUGGAACCCGGAGGCUGCAUCGAUCUCCAGACAGAGAUCAACACACGGCACUGCCUGGCCACCUACAGGCCUGGUAAAAAUAACCCAUGUAUGCGUUGUGUGAUGAUGGAGCUGACUUGCAGCCCACUGACAGAGGGCUCAGAAGAUGUGGUGUGUUCUUCCAACCCGGUUCAGACUUUCAGUGCUGGUCCCACUUGCAAGUUGCUGACCAAAAAUGCCAUUUUUCAGAGCCCAGAGGAUGAUGGGAGUGUCUUUGUGUGUGCUGGUGAUGAGGCAUCCAAUUCUGCUCUGCUCUGGGAUGCUGGAAGUGGUUCCUUGCUGCAGAAGCUGCCAGCUGACCUGCCUGUGCUGGAUAUCUGCCCCUUGGAAGUGAACCAAAGCCACUUCUUGGCUACUCUGACAGAGAAGAUGGUGAAUAUCUAUAAAUGGCAGUGAGCUGUCCUUACGCUUGCCACAGACUGUUCAAAUAUGCUGCUGAUAACCCUUCACAAGUGGUCAGUCCUGCACUUGCUGCUUACAGGAAACAGGAUCCAUUACAGCACCUUUCUGGCAGUGGGGAGGAACUGGGAUGUGCUGGUGCCCAGAGCAAUUCCUUCUAUAUUCCUCUUUAGGCCUGCCCUUAUUUCUUCUUUUGUCAAUUUUUUUUAGUCAAACUCCACAAGCUGCCUCAGCACAGCAAUAGUUCCUGGAGUGUCUCCAGUGUGUUAUUGCACUUUUUUUUCGGCUGUGGAUGCAGCACAGGGACUUUCAAAUCUCUGCUACAAAUGAAUAAAAUAAGAGGAGCUUGAA